AUGCCGGCCAUGUUGGACGAUCCAGAUAGCCCGACCAUUUACAGGGUCUCAGGGGCAACACCAUUCCCGGAGCCUGGCUCGUCUGAUCUCCCCUCCGAGAUUGUGCCCCGUCAAGUGACGCUCCGUGACGGUCGCACCGCCGCGACGAUGAUGCCCUUCGCUUCUCGAGACCAGGUUCCCAAGUCUCUCCUCGGCUAUCUCGCUGAUCAGCUGAACAAGGAAAUUGAGGGCGGCGAUACUUAUCCCAUGACGGAACCGAUGACGCACGAAAAGUUUGCGUCCUACUGGUUUCAAAACUUCGGCGCCCUCAUGCUCCUUGGAAACAUCGAGCAGCCGUCUGACCUGGCUGAUCUGCCCGAGGCUUCUACGGGCGACUGGUCCAAGACGUGCCUCGGCAGCUUCUACAUCAAGCCCAACUAUCCAGGCCGCAGCUCGCACGUGUGCAACGCCGGCUUCCUCGUCACGGACGCGAGUCGUGGGCGUGGCGUAGGCCGGCUCAUGGGCGAGUGUUACCUCGACUGGGCCCCGAAACUGGGCUACACCUACAGCGUCUUUAAUCUGGUCUACGAGACCAACGUUGCUUCGUGCAAGAUUUGGGAUGCUCUCGGCUUCAAGCGCAUCGGCCGCGUCAAAGGCUGUGGCGACCUGCGCUCCUAUCCGGGCCAGCUGGUUGACGCCAUCAUCUAUGGGCGCGACCUCGUCCCUGGCGAGUUUCCCGAGGAUCUCGCCGGGGUUGAACGGUUCGACAAGAUUAAAUUCUAUCUCAAGUACAACAAGUAUCCUGUCGGCGCCGAUCGCCACGAGAAGAGCCGCCUGCGCAGCGCUGCGACGCACUAUCGCCUUGUCGCCGGCGACAGGCUGAUGCUCAAGGACAAAGAGGUCAUCCCUGACCCCCGCCGCCAGUACGAGAUUGCCCGUGACGUUCACGUUGCGGCGCACGGCGGCAUCAACAAGACGACGGCCACCAUCGCCGAACGCUACCAUUGGUCUCGCAUCAAGGAGACCGUCAGCGACGUGAUCCGCAACUGCGUCAAGUGCAAGGAGCUCGGCAAGGCGCCCGUCGCAGCCAACGGCGGUAGCGGUAGCAGCGGCACCGCCCGCAACCGAGCUGCGCCCGCUGACGCUGUCUCUCCCGUCUCCCCCGCGGCGCCCUCUGCCCCUCCGUCUUCGCUGUCUACGGCGCCCCCUUCUGCCCCUGAUGAGCUCGCCGCAAUCGCCGACUCAGCCGUGGCAGCCUAUCGGUAUCCCUCCCCCGACGGCGGCGUUCACCCUUCCCAAACCCUCCGUGAUCCCUCCGUUUCGCCUCUGCCGCCGACGCACGGGCACAACCCGAUGCUGCAAGAUAGCCCACGGCAUCAUGACGCGCACGCGUACCAGCCUAUCGACCCGCGCAUCAUAGCGUCACCGCACCACCAUGGCCACCAUCAUCAUCACCAUCACCAUGAGCACGAACACGACCACGACCACGAGACGGAUCCAUACGCGUAUCAGACGGAGACCGACUUCCAGGCCCUGCUGAACGCAACGGCCGGGGAGGAUGAGAGACACGCCGAGGUGGAUGAUGCCGCCGCCCGACGAGAGGCCGAGGCCGUCGAUCGAGACCUGGAUAUGUUGAUCGAGCAAGGAGACGAGGACGAGACCAUGUCCGGGGUGGGCAGGGGCGAGGACGACGACGGCCAGGGGCCGGUGACGCUGGAUGUCACUGCCGAGGAGGCAAAAGUCAAAGCGAUCUAUGCAUUGAGCUAUGCUGAUGGUUGA